AUGAAUGCAGGUAUCUGUGUGUGUGUCCUCCUGGUUGCUCUGGCCAGCAGUUCCCUGAGUCUGCCCUCACAGUCAAUGUCACAUAGAGCUAAGGUUGAGGCUCUUGUGUCAGACAGCCUACCUCCCCCCUCACCCGACCACACACGCCAGGUCCGCUCAGCUCCAGCGCUCCCCUCAGGCCAGCUUGACAACUACCACCAAUCCCAGGACGACGCAGAUGCUCGAAACAGCCUGAGCCAGCUACUGGCCAGACUGAUCUCCAGGAAAGGCUACCAAACCAGAUCCUCCAUCACCAGCAGAGCCAGUGGUCUCUCCCCCACUCACAGGAUAAAGGACAGAGAUUACCUGGGCUGGAUGGACUUUGGCAGGCGUAGUGCAGAGGAGUAUGAAUACUCCUCCUAA